AUGUCCACAAUUCUUUCUGUUGGCUUUGGAGGCUUCGGAAAUUUGUCUCUAAAUCAACUCUCGACUCAACAGGAACCAAAAGAGUCUACAGCGUUAUCCUUGCUAAAUGUCAAACACAUCUCAGUGGGAUUAUGGCAUUCCAUGAUUGUAACGAGUCAUGGAAAGUUGUACGGAGUGGGAAGAAACAGAUAUGGAGCUUUAGGAAUUGGAGAACCUGAAUCUUUGGAUCAAUUGAAUUAUUUGUUGCCAGUUGAGGUGCCACUGUCGAGUGGAGUGAAGAUCAUGAAAGCUUGUGCAGGAAAGACACACUCCAUUGCGUUGACCGAUGAUGGAACCUUAUUUUCUUUUGGAUUUGGUAUUGCUUGUGGUCAUGGUCACACGACUUUGACCGGAGUUCCAGAACCUGUGCAAUAUUUAUUUUCAUAUCGAGUAGUGGAUUGCUCUGCUGGUGAAGGACACAGUGCUGCUGCCACAGAAGAUGGCAAGCUUUUUACUUGGGGUCUUGCCAACCGAAUCAAACCUGUCAUGGUCAAAAACAAAGAAAUUGAUGAUGAAUUAUUUGUUCAGGUUGUGUGUGGAGCUUAUCAUGCCAUUGCAUUGACAGCCACUGGAAAAUUAUUUGGUUAUGGAAGAAAUGAUGACGGUCAAGUAAACGGUGAGACCUCAUGUUUCAUUAGUGAGGAAUGUAUCGUUGAAAUUAAGCACCCUCUUGGUGAAGGACAUUAUUGGACUCAAGUCAGUUGUGGCCUCAAACAAACCAUCGCGCUCGAUAAUAAGGGAAAGGUAUACAUUUGGGGUCUCAUUAAAGACGGGCUCACUUCAGUAUCAGGAUCUGUGAAAGCACCCACCCUUGUUGAUUUAUCAAAUUUGAGUUCCAAGGUAAAGAAAGUCAUGUCAGGAUACAGUUCGUUCGGCAUUCUCACACAAGAUGGAAAAUUGCAAACCUGGGGUUAUAAUUUGCAUUACAAUUGUUGCCAUGGUCAUAACAAAUUUGUUCAAAAACCAACAAUGGUCGAGUCUUUGAGUCCUAUGGCAAUUAAUGAUGUAUUUAUGGGUGCUUAUAAUGUUUUCAUUUCAUGUGGAUUGUCUGCAACGUCUGAUUAUUCUCGGUUGUUGCAUGAAACAUGUUAUUUUGCAGAUUGUAAAUUAAGGGCUAGUAAUGGGGAUGAGCAAGUAUGUCACUCGUGCAUUUUGAGCGCCAGAAGUCCUUACAUUGCUGCAUUGCUGUUCAAAAGUUAUGUUACCAAUCAACUCUCAACCUCAUGUGCCAAAUUCACCUCUACCAGUGAGAAACUCAAAGCGGAAAUUGAAAAUAUUUUAACCUUGGAUUUUAUUGAAGAUGGAAAUCAAUUAUCGCAAGUAUUAGAUUUGCUCUACACAAACAUUUCUAACAACAUUAAGAAUCCAAAGAAGUUUGAUGACAUUUUUAACUCGUAUUUAUUUAAUACUGAGAAGAGUAUUGAAUUGUUGCAAUCACUUGGAAAUGCUGAUGAGGCAAAAAAGAUCAAGCGAAUCUGUUGA